AUGGCGGGGCCCAACAAGCUCUCCAGCCUCCUGGACAGCGAGGAUGUGGGCACGACUGCGAACGGCGGCGCUGCCGCCGCCACCUCCCUGGAAAGCGAAGCCGUCAAAUUGCUGGCCAAGCUCGACCGGGUAGAUCUCGCCCGAGCGGUCGCCGCUCUUGGCGCCCAUGUCGACGUCGCCAAGGUGUUGCGGGAGGCUCUGCCAGACGUGUUGGAGCAGAGGCGUGCACCGGCCAGCGAGGAGCAAGAAGAAUACACUGGAAUAAACCUGCUGGAGCCCACGGAGGUCGUGCCUUCGCCGGACGUGAACAUGCCCGUUGACGGCGAAUCGCUGUCUUUCCCGGAGUACUUUUUACAGAUCGCGAAAUUCGCGCCGUUGAGGCUCAACCUGGGCGAACGCAAGCUCAUGCGCCUGCUGGACAGCACGCUGCACGUGAGCGAAUACACGGACAAGAUAGACAUUUUGCACGAGGGCAGCAAGACGCGUCGCAUAGUGAAGGAGAUCAAGGAGGUCUGCGCCAUCCUCAGCGGUCUGGCGAUUGCGCACAACUACGACGACGGGCAGCGGCUGGUGCGUGACCGUGAGUACGCCGCGAACGCGGAGUUCUUCCGCAACGUGUUCGAGAUCGGGAGGCGGUACAAGAUCCUGAACCCGGACAAGAUCAGGAACUCGUACGGGAAGCUGAUUUACUUCCUCAUGGACUCGCGCAAGCCUGAGAUUCAGGAGCUGCUCAACUUCGACUGCGUGGCGCCCGUCAAGACCGUGUUCAGCCUGCUGGCCACGAAGAAGCGCGGCCUCGAGAUGCUGCACGACCCCAAGAUAAAGCUUGCGACGAUGGAGAUAACGCCGGAGGGCAAGUCGCGCUCCGAGGUGCAGCGCGAAAUCGCCGCCAAGGAGGACGCAGUUCGCUACCUGACUAACAAGUACGCGCGCAAGAAGAGCGGCGGGAUCAUGGGCAUCGAAUUUUCGUUCAUCACGAGGCCCUUCUCCAACUCGAGCGACGCUGCGGACGAGGGCGAAAUGACGCGGGAGGAGGUUGAGACCUGCCUGUACUCGCUGUCGGACCACUACUCGCACCUCCGCGCCUUCCGCCGGCCGUGUGACGUCAUGAUCGCAUAUCUCAGGGACAACUUCAACCCUAACGACCCCAACCCCAAGUACAACCUGUCCAUCAGUGCAGGCAGCGACGGCGCCCGCCUCAGCCACGGGCACGCGAAGCAGUUCACGUACGUCCUGCAGUCGCUGACUCUGUGGAGGGAAAUCGCACACGACAUGUUUGCCCUAUGGCACUACGCGGAGGCGGACCUGCUGGACGCCGACAACCCGUACCGGCUGCGCAACACCGGCCAGGGUCUCAACCGAGUGCAGUACGGCCCCAACGUGGUGAACGGCAUGCGCAAGAUCCUGCGCCGGGUCCAGCAGCAGGUCGGCGCGUGGGUGGGCUCGAACAUGGUGCACCUGGGCGACCACAACGUGCCGAACUCGUUCAUGUUCAUCGACAAGUACACGCAGAUCCCGCGGAUACUGUCGCCCAUCGUCUCGUGCAUCGAGAAGAUCCCGGAACUGUACGCGUCCACCGAUGCGAUGAGGACGUACAUCGACACGCAGUUCGGCGGGCCGAAGCGCCUCAAAAUGGUGAUCCUCACGGACUUCUUCAGACACGCGUUCGACGGGAGUGGCGCUGACAACUUCAACGACGCGGGAAGCUGCAUCGACGGCCGCCUCACCUCCGCCUGGAACUGGUGCUCGAAGAUAGAGAAGAAGAAGUACUUCCCUAUCUUCCUCCUGACCUCGUUCUGCGGCUUCGACGGCAGCUUCGGCGAGGGAUGA